UUUAAAUAUACAUAUAAAAAUGAAGUGAGUAACGAAAUGAAGUUAGUUAAAAUGGAAACUGUCAAUGAUGUCAAAUUUGCUUAAAGUUUAUUUAAGUUUAUUAUUGUAAUAAAUAAAAUAAAGGGUUUAGUUAACACCCCAAAUUUUUGAUUGAAUAAAAUUGCGUUAAGUUGUAUAUCCAUUUUUCUUCAAUUGGUGUGGAAAAUGGUUUAAAAGGGAAAAUGGAAAUGUUGAGGUUAAGUUUGCAUGGAUAAAACAUUCAUCACGACAAAUUAAGAUAUUUGUUGUUCAACGGAACAUAUUUUGAUGAGUUUUUAAUAAAUAAAGCUUUGUUAGAAGAACGGAAUGUUGGAAUGAAAAAUUUUGUAGAAAAUUUAUUGUGAUUAUAACAUUAUUUUCUUUCCGAACAACCUCAGUUGGAGUUUUUUAGAAAUACGAUUCAAAAGUGAUUAUUGUUAUUAAUAAAUUCAGGAAUCAAGAAGAUGUAGUAGAUCAUUUCUUUCAUAAUCGUUGAAUAAAUAAUAUUGUUUAAUCAAAUUUAAUUCUUAAGCAAAUUAAGUUAACCCCAAAUAAAAAAAUAAUACAACUUCAAAUUAAAGAGGCUCAAAUAUAAAGUAAUCUAAGCCUGAUUCAACGGUUUUUUUUUGAUUUUGAGGUUUAUACCAAAACAUUAGGAACAUUUUUUUUGUGUUUAUUCUUUCCUUAACAGGUGGGUCAAUCCCUAAAAGUCUAAUUUAAUUAAAUUUAACUCCUAAACAAGUUAAAUUAACCCGAAAUAAAAAUAAUGCAACUUCAAAUCAAGGAAACCAAGUCGUAAAGAGGUUUAAAUACAAAAUAAUUUAACCUCAAAGCCUGAUUCAACAGUUCUUCUGAUUUUGAGGUUGAUGCCAAAACAUUAGGAACAUUUUCUUGGUGUUUAUUCUUUCCUUAACAGGUGGGUGAGAGACAUGUUGUGCAAACCAUGUUUGUUUUGGAGAGAAGACCGAGAUAUGAUAUGAUAUAAUGGGUUAAGCUGGACAUAUUUUCCUGUAUGAAUGAUUUUAACAAACAUGCAUGGAAUAUUCUUUGAUUUAACUAUUUACCAGUCUAUUUAUUAACUCCUAAAUGAUACAAAGGUGUCCAAACUUUGAGAAAUUAUUUUCUGUUACUUUUCAAAAUUCCAUAUUUUUCAAAGAAUUAGGUUCGACUUGAUAAUCAAGAAGAAUAUCUAGUAUUUAUUGUCUUAAUAUACCGGCAAUGAGGUGUGGUUAUGUUAUUGAAUCAUUAAUUGAAGAUGAUACAAAUUCAAGGUAUAAAAUUCGUUGGGUUUGAUAAUUUAUUGAUUGAAUUAACAAAGAAAAGUUCUUAUUUACCAAGUUUUUAUGGUACAGCACAAAAUGUUUUCAACCAACACCAACAAACAUAAGAACGUUCUUAACAUCUUUUAACCCUAACAAAAAUAUCUCUGAAUAAAACGAAGCUGUAUAACGGAAUUAACCGUUUAUCUAAUUUAUUAAUAUAAAGGUUGUUACAACUCGAAUUUAUUGAUUAAACGGUUACUAUAGUUUCAAAUAGUUUUAUCGUUGACACUGAUUUUUAUCACCUUUAAAAAAUACUACUAAUAAAAAGUUAAGAGAUGGAGUGGCCGAGUAAAAAUGUACCACACGGUGGUAUUUUUCACACAGCGAAAGCUAAUUAUAGCCCCGAUACAAAAAAUUACCUCAAAUUGUUAAUGGAUGAAAGUCAUAUGAACAAUAAAUUAAGAAACAAAGUGAAUUACACUUUACGAAACGGCCAAUCACUUCCAAAAUUCGUAUCGGAUGGCCCAAAAUAUUACAGCGGGAAAAACCCUCAACCACCGGUGCUAAUUCGACUAUCAAAUUGGGGUAAACGUAGCCGAGAAGCCAUCGUUGGUUCGGGUGCUUAUGAUGUACCCCCGUUUGUUCCUGAUCAUUCGAAAGAGGAUCGUGAAAAAGAUAAAGAGCGAUUACAAAAAAUUAUGGCGUUUGGGAAACCGAACGAAAGAGAAAUUAUAAUUAAAAAGAAAAAAGCCCCACAACCGAAAAAGCAACUUAAUAAAUUUGAUUUGAUUGUGCAAGAGAUAGAAGAUCGACAAAAUUGGUUAAAAGAAAUCGAGGAAUUAGGGGAAGGACACCAAUAUCGGGAUCUAAUUAACAUGCAGAUUCAAGAGAAAUUACGGGAAUUGGAUCAAUUAAAAUCGAAUUAAUUCACCUGGAAAUUAACGAUUAAAAUUUUAUUUUCAUCAAAUCAAUUCCAACUAAAACACAAAAGAAUUAAAACAUUUUUUGAUUGUUUAAAAUUUUUCCUUUUGAUUUUAGAAGAUAAAUUUAA